CUUCUGUAAACCAAUCGAACAAUCAAUGGAGAACAACACCCACAAUUUGUUAUCGAAGAUCGCAACCAACAACGGCCAUGGAGAAAACUCGCCGUAUUUUGACGGUUGGAAGGCUUACGAUGCUAAUCCCUUCCACCUUCAACACAAUCCUUCCGGCGUUAUUCAGAUGGGUCUCGCCGAGAAUUCGCUUUGUUUCGAUUUGAUUCAAAAAUGGAUCGAAGCGAAUCCAUCUGCUUCAAUUUGUACUCCACAAGGUGCUGUUGAUUUCAAAGAGACCGCCAUUUUCCAAGACUACCAUGGAUUGCCGGAAUUCAGAACCGCCGUCGCUAAUUUCAUGAGUCGAGUUCGAGGGAAUCGUGUUAGGUUCGACCCUAAUCGGAUUGUGAUGAGCGGCGGAGCCACCGGCGCCCAUGAAACCGUCGCUUUCUGUUUAGCAAAUCCCGGCGAAGCAUUCUUAGUCCCUACCCCUUAUUAUCCAGGGUUCGAUCGAGAUUUGAGAUGGCGAACUGGAGUCGAGCUUGUGCCCGUUGUUUGCGAAAGCUCGAACAACUUCAAGAUCACCGAAGAAGCUCUCGAAACAGCCUACGAGAAAGCAAAACUAGCCAACAUUAAGAUCAAAGGAUUGCUGAUAACCAACCCCUCCAAUCCAUUGGGAACUUUCCUUGAUAAAGAAACGUUAAAAAAUCUCGUAAGUUUUGUCACCGAUAAGAACAUCCACCUCGUUUGCGACGAGAUCUACGCUGGCACCGUAACCACCGGCGAAGAAUUCGUCAGCAUUGCGGAGGUUCUCGAGGAAGAUCCGACAUGUAAGCGCGAUUUGGUUCAUAUCGUCUACAGUCUCUCGAAAGACAUGGGGUUCCCGGGGUUCAGGGUCGGAAUCGUCUAUUCCUACAACGAUAAUGUCGUCAACAUCGCACGUAAAAUGUCGAGCUUCGGGCUGGUUUCGACUCAGACCCAACGCAUGCUCGCCACCAUGCUAUCGGAUAACAAAUUUGUGGAGAACUUCAUUUCCGAGAGCCGAAUCCGGCUAGCCCAUCGGCACCAAAUGUUCACCCGUGGGCUGGCCCAAGUUGGGAUCGGGAGCCUUGAGAGCAAUGCCGGGCUGUUUUUCUGGAUGGACUUACGUCGAUUCCUGAAAGACCCUACUUUCGAGUCGGAAAUGACAUUCUGGCGAAUUAUAAUCAACGAAAUUAAGCUUAACGUAUCACCCGGCUCGUCGUUCCAUUGCUCUGAGCCCGGUUGGUUUCGUGUUUGUUUUGCGAACAUGGAUGACGAGACGACAAUGAUCGCGUUACGCAGGAUUAAAACGUACGUGCUCAAGAACAAGAUGCUCGAGAUCAAGACGAAGAGACAAUGUUGGCAAAACAAUUUGCAUCUUCGGUUAUCGUCAAGAAGGAUGGACGAUAUCUUGACUCCUCAUCGGAUGUCGCCUCAUUCGCCGCUCGCUUCCCCGCUUGUUCGGGCACAAAAUUAAUCGAUCACAACUACAAUCUAGGCUGAUGAUGUUUUUCAAUUUAUAU